ACUGAAUGCGGUGCGCACGAAACAAAUGCGCAAGCGACGCGUUAAAGUAUAGGUUGGCGCUUCUAGCAGGCUGUGUGCCCAGUGACCGUUUUACAGUAAUAUGGCAUCGUCAAUUGAGCUUAAAUUUAUUUCAGCACCCAGCGAUGGAGUAGGUCCGGCGUUGCUGUUGACCAUCCCUCGCGGAAGAACCGCCACGCCCGCCCAAUACCUCAUAAAUGCGCCGGAGGGCUUCGCGCGGCUGGUGCUGGAGCACCGCUGCCGGCCGGGACCGGGGCUGCGCGCGCUGCUGCUGACCAGCCUGGCCCCGGGCGCCCAGGGCGGGCUGGCAGGGCUGCUGCUGCGGCUGCGGCAGGACGGACAUGCGGCGCUGCGGGUGGUGGGGCCGGCAGGCCUGCACGACGUGGUGUCGGGCCUGGCGUCCUUCGUGCGCUGCACUCACCCCGCGCUCACGCUCAGCCCGCUGACGGCGGCGCAGCAGGGGCCGGUGUACGAGGACGAGUGCAUCGAGGUGCGGCCUCUGUGGAGCAGCUUCCUGCUGUGGCAGGUGCCAGCCUGGCUCAGCGGCGGAGGCGGCCAGGGCGGCCAGGGCGAGGGCGCGGCAGGACAGGGGGGCCGCACCGGGACAAAGCCGGCGGCAGCUGCUGGGUCUCCCGAGGCCUCUGGGGCUUCAGAUUCGACGGAGGACACGUCAGCCUCGAGCCACACCACGUCCUCCACAGCUGCAGAAGACGAACAGCAAAAAGAGCAGGUGCAGCAGGCACAUGACAGCGAGGACGCGGCGAAGCAGCUACUGGCGAAGGCGGCGUCAUUGCUCGGGCGUGCGGGGACCACUGGCGGGCGAUUAGUGGGUGGCGGCCGUGGCGACGCUGCGGGCCAGCAGCCAGCGACAGUUACGGCAGCACCAGGGGCAGCAGAUGAGGAGCAGGGCGAGGGAGUACGGCCCGCGAAGCGGCGGAGGGCCCCCAGCAGCCUUGCAGACUCACGGGGACCAGCGACUGCCACGGGUGCCGCUGCCUUGGGGUCGGCUGCUGCUGCUGCUGCCGCUGUUGGUGGUCGCGGUGGCGCCGACGCAGCUGCGGGUGGCGGCGAGGCGCUGACGGCCCCGCGCGGCUCCAUCCUCCGCACCCGAGCUGCCGCGGCGGCGGCGCUGUCAGCGGCAGCAGCACAGCCUUCGGGGCGGGCGAGGGCUGCUACGGCCGCCAAGCCGGGAGCUGAGGCACCAGUCACUGUAGCCCCACUAGCAGCCGCCGCAGCAGCAGCUGUAGCAGCAGCAGACUCGUCAGACUCGACAGGCGGUGCGCCGGUUGGUGGCGGCGCAGGAGGGGCCUGGACCACCUCAGCGGCGUCGUCGCAGUCGUCGGGCGAGGAUGACGGUGACGUAGACGCUGGCAGCAGCGGCAGCGCCGGCGGCCGCGGCGCCGGCGUUGACGCAGGGGCAAGAGGCGGCGGUGUGACCUAUCGCGGUAUGAACUUCACGCUGGCACCAGGCGGUGUCGUGGGAGCUGGAGUGGCAGCGGCAGCAGCCAGCGGUGCGCACAGCGGUGGCGGUGGUGGCGGCGGCGGUAACGGAGGCGGAAAGGGCGGCGCCGGCGCCGACACGGGGACCAGUGGCGGCGGCGGCGGCGGUGUGUAUGUGCCGCCAGGGUGCAUCGCGCCGGUGCAGGUGUUGCAGAGUGCCACAGGCCUGGGCCGCAAGCUCAAGUUCGCAGACAGCUCCGAAGACGAGGGCGGAGACAUGGACGGCGGCGGAGCAGCGGGCGGUGGCACCGCAGGCGGCACUGCAAACGGAACGACUCCCAACGUACGAAUGGCCAUCAAUUGUAUUAAGGACAGCAGUAGUAGCAGUAGCAGCAGUGAAGAAGAUACGAGCAGCAGCAGCAGUGGCAGCGAGGAUGCGGCAGGUGGCGCCGCAGCGCGGCUGGGCAAGCGGGCGCGUGGCGGCGGCGGCGGCGCUGCUGCUCCUGCUGCCGCCGCCCUCUCCAGGCCGCCAGCCGGCAGCAAGGAGGACCUGUUCUCACAGCUGGACCACCUUUUCAUGUCGCGGGCGGGAUUUGCUCCCGGUGGCCGCGGCGCCGCCGCAGCUGCCGCGGCAGCGAUGCUUGGCCCGGCAGGUGGCCGAGGGGGCCGCGGCCGCUCCGGCAGGGCGGGGCGCGGCGGCAGAGCUGCUGAAGGCGCUGCCAAGCUGCAGGCAGCGGCGGCAACAGUCGCAGCGGCGGCGGCGGCGGCGCCGGCGCAAGCCGACGCUGGGUUCCACAAGAAGCUAGGGGCCAGCGCCCAUGCGGUGCCCAUGGACGCUUCGUUCCGGGCGCAGGUGCUGGCACAGCUGACGCAGGCAGCCCCGGCGCCGGCGGCAGCAGCAAGAGCAGUGCUAGGUGGGGGCCCAGGCGCGAAGGCGUCGGCUGCGGCCGCAUCGCCGGCUGCACCGCCCGCCGCGUCCCAGCCGGGCCUCCCGACUUCCAUCCUCGCCGCCGCCCCGCGGGGCCGCGCCGCGCGUGACGUGGCGACGGCGGCCGCCAACGCCAGCGGCCGGGCGGCCGCGGCACAGGGCCAAGGUUCCCCUGGGCACGGCGCUUCGGCACCUGGCUCCCGGCACGGCGCACCGCUGACGCAGGCACCCCUGGGGUACCUCAUCUACCUCAAGCCCACGCGCCAGGCCCUGUUGCUGGCCAGCCCUCAGGCAGCGGCGGACGCAGACGCGCUGGCGGCGCACCCGGCCACCGCGCUUCUGGCGGCGGCGCCGCCAGGGCUGCUGAUGGCGGUCGUGCACCUGACGGCGCCGCCGCUAGCGCGCCGCCAGCAGUACAAGUCGCUGGUACGGCAGUUGUCCGGUCCGCACGUGUGGGUGAACGGUUAUGGCCACGCGGCAGGCGGUGGCGAUGGGGGCGAUGCCGCCCGACCCCGCGCAAAGGCAGCAGCUGGUGAUGGCGGUGGAGGUGCCGGCGCUGGUGCGCCGGAAGCUGCCGCCGUGGCAGACAAGAAGGAGGCGGCAGGGCAGUCCGCAGUGCCAGUUGCUAGCGCCAAAGCAAGCGGCGUUGGCAGCAAGGCCGGAGGCGGGCCCACGCUGGGUCUGGGCCACUUGGGUUCGUGCCGCGUGUCCAUGCGGCUCAACGCCAUCGCUCCGGCGCUGUUCCCGCUGCCCUUCGUGCUGCGGAGGCAAGGCGCCGGGAGCAGCGGCGCCGCGGCGCCAGCUGUUGCGGCGUCCUCCAAACCCCAAGGGAGAGCGGGCGCGGGUGGCGAUGGCACAGUGGAGUUGCAAGCGGGUGCGGUGGUGGCGAAUGGUCGCACUGCUGGUACUGACGCUGGCGCUGGUGCUGUUGCUGGUGAUCUCACUGAAUCGGGCGCCUCAGCGACAGUGCUUUUUGAAAUUGCAUCUGCCAUCGCGGGCACGAGUACGUCCGUGCUGGUUCCUGCCGCCGCUGACGCCACCGCUGGGGCCACGGCCGAAGCCGCCCACAGCACGGCCGCAGCUGUAGCACCAGCGGCCGCGCGUCCCGCCAAGCCAGCGCCGUCGGCUGCGUCGCGCAAGCUGCCGCGGCACCUCCACGCCUCCCUGCUCUCCACCCUCACCGCUUCCGUCACCACCAGCCCCGCUGCCCCUGCAAACGGGCUGGCGGCCGGCGGCACUGGUGCCGGCACCCGCAAUGGCGACCGAGCCCAAACCAAGUUAGAGACCGGGCGCAAGGCCGCGGCUGGCGGCUGCGAUGCCGGGCCGCGGCCUCGAGUGGUACUGUCCUGGGCCCAUGGCGCUGUGGGCGCGGCGGCAGAUACGGGCGGCGAUGUGGCGGCUGGCGCCUGGGGUGGCGGCGCCGCGGCAUCCUCAGCGGUGGGGUCAGCUGCGCCGCUGCCGUGUGCGGCGGCACUGCAGGCCGCCAUGCUGGAAGAGCGGCGCGGCAGUGGGCUGCAGGGAAUGCUUACGGCCCUGCAUGCCGGCUUUCCACGGCUGGCAAGCGCCGCCGAGGUCAGACGGCUGCUGGCGCCGCCGCCCCUGCAGCUGCUGACCCAUCGCUCCAGGCAGCAGCACCACCACCACUCGCAGCAGCACCAGCAGCAACAUCACCAGGAGCACCACCAGCAGCUCGAGCAGUCGAUCCACCAACCAGGACAGCUGCAGCCACCGUCACCGUGGCAGCACCAGCACCAGCACCACCACGCCACGCAUCCACAGCCGCCGCAAUCGCCGUAUGGCCACCCCAACGGCCACACAGCGCCAUACCCUCAAUACGGCAGCUGGCAACACCAACCCCCCAACCAACCGUACCAACCGCCCUACCACCAACCGCACGGCGACUACAACGGCGGCGGCGGCACCAGCAACGGCUGGCCCCACUACAGCGCGGAGGCGGAGCUGGCGGCGGCGGCGGCGGCGUACGGCCCCUUGGAGGCUGCGGGCGCCGUGAUGCGGCCGGAAUGGAGCUACGGCCGUCCGCCGCCGCUCCCGCUACUGCUGCAGCCACAGGCACACGGCACUCCGCCGCAGCAGGCGCAGCAGGGGUGGCAGCAGGCACCACCUCCCUACGGCCACCCAGGUGCCCACCACGACCCGGCUGGGGCCGCGGCUGGUCUCAUGGGCCAUUUCGCCGGGUGGCCGCAGCCGCAGCCGCCGGUAGCUUUGUAUCCAGGACUGCCGCCGCAGGGUUUCGGGGCUGCAGACCCAGUGGCCUCCGCCACCUCGCUAGCAGUUCCGAACCGGCAAGUAGCGGCGGGGCUGCGCGAGGCUCUGCGGCGCAAGGCCGCUUCCGCCGCCGCUGCCGUGCCAGUUGCGGGAACAGAGACUGCCGUGCCAGUUCCGGUCGCUCCUCGGCAGUCGCAGCAGCCACCAAUGGACCGAGCGCAGGACUCGGAGCACGGGGCCGCUGGCACUGACACGCUCGACAGCAAUCGACACGUGGCGCUGCGUGUACGUCAGCGCCUCAAGUUAGGCGGCCCCGUGACGGAGCCCGUACCCGCGCAACCCGUGGCGGGCGGCAGCACGGCGCUGGUGGCGAGGGCGGCACUGGGUUCUGAAGCGGCCCUGGAAGAAGGGGCAGUGAAAGCCGAGCCCUCGGUGCCAGUACACCCAGGAUCUUCAGAUACCCCCGCCGCUGACGCAACCGCUGCCGGUGAAUGGGACGCUGGCCAUGUCCGCCGUGCAGCAGCCGCGAGCGCCAGCAACAGAGGGGCAGCGGAGCGGCUUCGCUCUGCGAUACGCAAAGGAGCGCCUGUGCCUGCAGCAGCAGUGCCUGCAGCGCCCCUUCCAGCCCCGUCCGCAGGCUCCAUUCCCGCGCCAAGCGCAAAGGAGCAAACUAUCACGGCAGUACCAGGGGCUGAGGAUGCUCCGGUGGAGGUGGUGGCGGUCGUCGUCAGCGAAGCGCUAGUGGAGGCAGAGCCUGAGGGGCUGUCGUCUGAGGAGGCGGCUGCGGCCCUGGCGGCAUACAAGGGCCAGCUAUCCGGCCGCGCCGCCGCCGGCCCCGCGGGACCAGUCGCCGCCGCAGCGCCUGGCGCCGACGGCGUGGCUGCAACGGCAGCAGCACAGCCCACGCCCAGGCCGCAGCCCGAGGCCCUGGCCUCUGUGGAUGACAUAGGCGUGCCCCCUUGCCUGCGCCCCGCUACUGCCGAGGCGGCUGCCGGUGCUGCUGGUGCUACAGCCGGCUCCACGGCCCCGGUCGGGGACGUCAGUGUGCUGUUCCUGGGCACUGGCAGCGCCGAGCCAUCGAAGUACCGUGGCGCCAGCGCGGUGCUACUGCGGGGGCUGAGACGCGGCGGCAGUAGCGCCCGCGAGGCGGCGGACUGCGCGGAGGGAGGCGGGCCCGGCGGUGGCGGCGCGGGGGCCGCAGGCGGCGGCUGCGGCGGUUCGGGAGCGGCGAUGCUCAUUGACGCUGGAGAGGGCACUUACGGGGCGCUGGUGCGGUGGCUGGGGCCGAAAGGAGCGGCGGCGCAGGUGGCGGCGCUGGCCCUGGUGUGGCUGUCGCACAAGCACCCUGACCACAUCCUGGGUCUGCCCGCGCUGCUGGAGGCGCGCCCCGCCGACGCGCCGCCGCUGCUGGUGGUGGGGCCACAGGAGGUGGCCGAGUGGCUGACCCAGAUCGCCCACCUGCACCCACACUGGCGCUUCACAUUCGUGCACUGUGCACACUUUGCCGGCUCGAGCCCGCCACCUGGCGCGCAGGGAGACCUGUCGGCAUGGCAAACGCAUGCCCCCGCUCCUCCAUCGCACCCGGCCUGGCAUCCACAGCAGCCACAGCAGCCGCAGCAGCCGCAGCCAGGCCCUGAUGCGCUUUUUGCGGCGCCACAGGGUCUCAUCCAGGCACGCCGCGGCGGGCGCGGAGCGCGCGGCGCCACCGGCCGUGGCGGCCGCGGCAGCGGCCGAGACCUGGACUCUGGUUGGGAUGCCGCCGCCGCCGCCGCUGCCGCCGCCUGGCCGCCGCCGCCUCGUGGUGGUGCGGACCCUUCAUGGGAGGUGGCGCAGGGCCGCGCGGCUGCGGCGGCGGUGUGCGGGUCGCUGGGGCUGGUGCGGUGGCAGAGUGUGGCUGUGCACCACUGCCGGGACGCGUGGGGGCUGGUGGUGGAGCAUGCCGAUGGCUGGAAGCUGGUGUACUCGGGUGACACCCGGCCCUGCCCGGCGCUGGUGGCUGCGGGCCGCGGUGCCACGCUGCUCAUCCACGAAGCCACCUUCGAGCCGUGCUUGGAGCAGCAGGCGCGCGGCAAGCGGCACUCCACCUCGGCCGAGGCGGCGGCGGUGGCGGCGGCCAUGCGCGCCUACAGGACCGUGCUCACGCACUUCAGUCAGCGCUACCCGCGCGUGCCCGGCGGCAUUGACGCGUGGGCUCUGCCGCUUCGCUGCCGGCCGGCAAUCGCCUUCGACGGCAUGCUACUGCCGCUGGCGGCGCUGCCCGCCCUGCCGCACGUCAUGCCGCCGCUGGCGCUCGCGCUGGGGGAGCCGCCGCAGCAGCCCACGGCCGCUGUUGCUGGGUUGGCGUUGGAAGAGGAGAAUGUGACCGAGGGGGGGCAGGACGAGCAAGAGGUCGUGCUUGAUUAGGUGUAGCACUUAGGGCGCUAGGUGUGCUGGGGCCGUGAGCGCGUUUGCCAACGCUGUGUGGGGCAAGGCGGGCGGGUUGGUAUCCCGCUUUACUCGCAGUGUGGCUCCGGUUUGGUGGCGUAGGUGGGGGCACUGGGGCCGCAUGAACUACAAGAGAUGGUAGGCUGCCGGCGUUGGUGCUGGGCUCAAGCAGUCAAGCGUGGGUUGGUGAAUCAUGAUUCUGUUGGCGGGUUGAGCUUUCACAUGGAACGCAAAUCUGUUUGCCCGCCAUGCCCGACUGAGCACCGCCCCUGUGGCCGGGUUUCCUUGAUUUCUUUUGCGCUCCUCACGCCAGUUCCAGUAUAGCCACGCCCCGGCACAUUAACGCUUUAUGGCCGGCCACGUAGCCACGAAACUGCGCCCAACCCUUGAGGCGCACAGGCGGCCAUUUCCGGCAGAGGAUGUAGAUGGUUUCGGGACUCAGGUAUGUGACAAGCGCUCACAUGCGCCCCUGGGUAAGGUUGAAUUCUACAGGCGUGUUUGCAUAUAUUCAAUGUCCCAAUUUCACAGGGAAAGCUUGCAAGUAGCACGGCAUUGUGAGGAUGGUGUGUGCUACACUGCGCGAAGCCUACCUCCAGCAGCUUCACAAGCAAGUAGACAGCAUCAAGCAAUAUGGUGUAGAGUGUUUGCAAGGGAAACACAGCAUUUUCACCGGAGCGUACGGCCAACCAGUA